AUGCGUCUCGCGGCGGUGGUCUUCCUGCUGCUCGUGACGAGCCGCGCCAGAGGAUGGGAGUGCACCGCGGGCUGCGACCCGGAGAACGGCUUCUGCGAGAGAGCGGGGAGGUGCAGGUGUAAGCCGGGCUGGCGGGGGGAGAGCUGUGAGGUGUGUGUGCCGUUCCCCGGCUGCCUGCACGGCCGCUGCCACAAGGCCUGGCAGUGUGUGUGUGAGGACGGCUGGGUGGGCAGCCUGUGUGACCGAGACGCCCGGCCCUGCUCGUCCAGCCCCUGCGCCUCCAACGCCACCUGCAUCCACACCGUGGAGGGGGGGUUCCUGUGCGUCUGCCCCGCUGGGUUCUCCGGAGAACACUGCCAGCUGAAGAGCGGACUCUGCUCUCCCUGUCAGAACGGAGGGUCGUGUUCGGACGCCGCCGGCGCCUCCUGCCUGUGUCCUCCGGGGUUUUCCGGACCGGAGUGUGAGAUCGGCCCCGACGGCUGCCGGCCCAACCCCUGCCUGAACGGCGGCAGCUGCGGCCGCGGCGGCGCGGCGUUCCGGUGCGCCUGCCCGCCCGGCUUCGGCGGGUUGACCUGUAACGACACGGCCGGCCGGUCCGCCUGCGCCGGCCGGCCCUGCGGCGCCGGCGGCGCCUGCGUGGAUCGGCUCGACGGGACUUUUGGCUGCGUCUGCCAGAAGGGCUUCGCCGGCCCGACGUGCGCCCCGCUGCAGCACGGAGCCCGGGGGGUCCGGCCGGAGCGGCGGGCGCCGGCCCCGGGCCCGCAGCACUACUCCCUCCCCGCUCACGCUUUCCACCGGCUGCUGCGGCCGGCCGAGCGCGACCUGCUGAAGGUCACCCUGAAGGAGGCGGCGCCGCCCGGCGUGCUGUUGGGCCGCGCACAGCUGCUCUGCUUCGCCGCGCUGGCCCUGCUCACCGGCCUGGUCAUCCUGGGCAGCGCCGCCAUCGUGUUCUUCGGCCGCUGCGAGGCGUGGCUGGCCAACGCCCGGUACGGCCGGCUGGUCCGGCGCCACAGGGACCACCUGCUGAGGGGGGGCGGCGCCCGGGACCGGCCAGACCACUCGGUGCACGUCAUCCUGCCGGAAAAGAUCCGACUGGGCAGCUUCGGGAAACGCUACACCUCCAUCUGA